UUGAUAUCAUUUAAGGGUUAUAAGCAAGUGAUAUUACUCGGUCAGAAUGUGAACAGUUAUCGUGAUCAGUCAGAGCAGAGCACCUACCAUAGCCUAUCAGCAACCGAUAAUGAUGCUGGAUUAGUGCCUGGCUUCAAGACCGUUUAUAAACCUCGCAAAGGUGGUCUCACUUUCGUUACGCUAUUGGAACAGGUCGCAGCAAUAAAUCCUGAACUUAGAAUUCGUUUCACUUCACCACAUCCGAAAGAUUUUCCCGUUCAGUGGGUUUCUCAAAAUAUUCAUCUCUUAUUAUAG